ACGCACGUUUUGUAGUGCAGCGCGCCAAACACGGCCAUCAACAGAGUGGAAGUGACUAAAACUUCGUGUUUCAGUGUUAGCCCCGCUUGGAGCUUAAUUCACAGUUAAAGACUACAUGGCUUCCACUAAUAAAGCGACGUUACAGACCAGGAAUUUACCAUGGGUAGAAAAAUACCGACCACAGAAACUUGAUGAUCUGAUCUCACACAAAGAUAUUCUAAGCACCAUCCAGAAGUUUAUCAGUGAGGACAAGCUUCCCCAUCUCUUGUUCUAUGGCCCCCCUGGAACAGGAAAAACCUCCACCAUCCUCGCCUGUGCCAAGCAGCUGUACAAGGACAAAGAGUUCAACUCCAUGGUGUUGGAGCUGAACGCAUCAGAUGACAGAGGUAUCGAUGUUGUCCGAGGUCCAGUUCUUAGUUUUGCCAGCACCAGGACCAUCUUCAAGAAGGGCUUCAAGUUGGUGAUACUGGACGAGGCCGAUGCCAUGACCCAGGAUGCCCAGAAUGCAUUGCGGCGAGUGAUUGAGAAAUUUACAGAAAACACGCGAUUCUGUCUGAUCUGCAACUACCUGUCCAAGAUCAUCCCCGCCCUGCAGUCUCGAUGCACCAGGUUUCGCUUCGGCCCGCUGUCCCCGGACCAGAUGAUCCCUCGGCUGGAGUAUGUGGUCCAGCAGGAGAGCAUUGACAUUACUCCAGAUGGGAUGAAAGCCAUUGUGACCUUAUCGUCAGGUGAUAUGAGAAGAUCCCUCAACAUACUGCAGAGCACCAGUAUGGCGUACGGGAAGGUCACGGAGGACACGGUGUACACCUGCACAGGUCACCCUCUCCGCUCAGAUAUAGCCAACAUCCUCGACUGGUCCCUCAACAAAGACUUCACCACAGCAUACAAGCAAAUCCUUCAGCUCAAGACUUUGAAAGGUUUGGCCCUGCAUGAUAUCCUCACUGAGGUUCAUCUGCUCAUACACAGAGUGGACUUUCCUCCAGCUAUUCGGAUUGGUCUGCUCAUCAAGCUAGCUGACGUUGAACACAGGCUCGCCUCAGGAACAGACGAGAAGAUCCAGUUGAGCUCCAUGGUCGCGGCUUUCCAGGCAGUCAGGGACCUCGUGGUCAGCGAGGCCUCAUAGAUAACCGCCUUACCCCAUGAUGAGGCUCCGUCUCACCAGAUCUUUGGUGACUACUAUCACUUCUUUUUGUACCAUAUUGAAAAUAGUUGCAUCUAUAAUUUAGAUGAUAUUUUUGCAAGAAUGUGUUACUUCUGUGCAAGAGAAAAUGCUCUUUCAUUUCCUACUCUACCCUCCUGAUGCACUAGCCAAAGUAACAACAGUGUGGCCAAGUUUUUCUCGCUGUGGUGUGCAGUGAUGCCAUGAAAAGCUGAGUAUAGUUGGAUUACUUUUCAACCGAAUAGGUGAUUGCUCAGUGAAAUUAGUUUGUUUUAUUUAGAGAGAAAACUGCUGCCUUUAAGUCUCUGUGUGAUUGCCCACCACUCCACCACAGUGUUGAUGUACAGACACAGAUGCUCACAGCUGUCUUGAGUCACUAACAUCUGCAUACAAACUGAAUUGGAAUAAAGUUGAUGGUAAAUCUCUUUUUAGCACUUGGAAAGCUGGCAUUUAGUUACCAGUGAAGGAGAAACUUGCUGUCACCAAAUAAUCCAGUUAAAAUAUUAAAAGAAAUGUGUCAAACAUCAUGCUGUGCUGUUGCAAAUACACCAAACACAACUGUAAGAAUAUGUCACAGACAUGUCAUUAAAUCUGUUUAUUAAAACUA